GGCUGCCAUUGUUCUUUGUUCUUGAAGCCCAUUCGAUAUCUCGGCUAUCGCCUGUUGCACGCUGGUUUCACGAUUGCUUCAAAGCUUCGUGCUGUCAUUGUGCAGGCCUGUGAUUUAAAGCCCAGCGAUCGCAGCCUGCAUGUAUGAGCGACGACUAACUCCUAGUGGCCCGUAUAUCGCCUUGCGGACUGAAUUCCUCUCGAUGACCGAAUGUUCACCUUCCCAUUCGAUCAAACGCCUCACCCCUGCUUGUGGACGGGACUCGGAAUCCAUCAGAGGGACAGCGUGACAACGACAGCGACCACAGGGACCACAGCAAACGGGAUCACAUCGGAAGACGAAGCCAAGCUCAGAGCGAUCAUCGUGUCCGAGUUGGUCUCGCUGAUGGAGGAAAAUAGCUUGAUGGAAGCAAGCCAACUGAUACCCAAGCUAUGCUCGAGCAAAGAGUCGACCCUGAAGAAGAUCAUGCGGAUGAUUGGAAAGAAAUCGUCCAAAGUCCGGGAUGUCAAAUCGAGCUCUGGAUACGUUGGCCCGCCAGGAAGUGGUGCUCCGACACCGGUUUUUGGAGCUGCGCUCGAGCAUCUGGCAAGCGGAAAUGAGUAUGCCGGGAUCCACUCCGUGCCGACAAUCGUGGUCAAGUGUGUAAUGGCGCUCGAGAAGAACGGAAUACGAUCCAACGGCAUUUUCCGGGUGGCAGGAAAUCAGCAAAAUGCCAAGGAGCUUCGCCGGAGGAUUGACAGCGGCGAAGAAAUCGAUUUUGACAAGAUACCGCCGAAUGAUAUAUCGAUUGUCUUCAAGGCCUUCCUGCGGGAGCUGCGAGAGCCGCUGUUGACUUACAAGCUAUACCCGGUGUUCAUAUCCGUGGCUAACACCUCGGAGGCUUCGCUGAAAGUCAAGGCCCUGCGACUGCUGAUCUGUCUACUGCCCACGGUGCACCGGACUACCUUGCAGUUCUUGCUGGGCUUUCUGGCUGAGGUCGCGGCACUCUCGGACCUAAACUCGAUGACAAGCUCCAAUCUGGCGAUCGUCUUUGGACCCAACAUCCUCCAGGCGCCUCCGAGCAACAAGAAACUGGACGUCGACGCCAUUGCACACACUAACGCCGCGGCCGAUGUGGUUGACUGCAUGAUCCAAUACCACCAGGAGCUCUGGCAGAUCCCGGACUACUUGAUCGAACGAGCCAACGAGGCCAAAAAGCACUCCCACUCAAAGAACCGAGCACAACCCCGCCCGAGUCUGUCGCCACGAACGGGAUGAUCGCGAACAGUCGAUAGACUCAAUACAGAUUGUAGUCAGUCCAGCGAACAGUAUCGCGAUGUGCGCACUCCAUCUGCCCGCCUCGGAGCAGUUUGCCAUAUUGCCAUGGUCGCUGCGGUUGAGGAGAGCAGGGGUCUAGUAUCCUCGGUCGCUGGUGCUGCGAGCCGAGCCAAGUAUCUCUGGAUCCGUAUUCCCAUGUUCCCGCCAGGGUCCUGCGACAGCCCGCCC